GUGCGUUCCACUAAGCGCUCACAACGAUCAAAAUGCUCCUUUAGUCGUUCCACAUAACAACCGCGGUCGUUGUGGUCGCGGCGAAAACGUCACUCAUGACGUCAUUACUAACGCUCACGCGAAGCCCGCAACGACCCAUCUGAAAACGUGGGUCGUAGUGAGCGUUGAGAAAAUUAGCGGUUUUUUUGAAACUGACAACAAUAAAAAUGGCGAUCGUGAAACUGACAUGAAGGAUUACAGAUUAAAUCUUAACCUCUUUAAUCUUUUACUUUCUUUUCACUACCUCGCCAUUUGUAUUAUUACCUCCACGCUCAAAACGCACCAUAGUCCAUUCCACUUGAAUUUAGGACAGUAACGCUCGUAGGUAAGUGGAACGGGAAAAACUGUGGUCGUGAGCGUGAUCGUUGUGAGCGCUUAGUGGAACGCACCGUAUAUAAUAAUCACUGGUAUAAUCACUAGUAUAAUUUAUCUAAUGCAAGAUUCGAGCGGGAAAUUCUUAAUUGAGUUAAAAUAUAAUUGUAAUCAAAGAGAGUAUGGAAAGUUUUUUGAAAGUAGGUAAAUUGAGUGCAGGAGACACGAAGAAACCUUCUUCUUCUCGUACAAAGGAAGAACGAGACGAGUCGUUAAUACCCUGGGUAGAAAAAUAUCGACCAAGAACAGUUGAAGAUGUAGUUGAGCAAGCAGAAGUCGUAGAAGUAUUAAAACAAUGCAUGGAUGGUGGUGACUUUCCAAAUUUAUUAUUUUAUGGUCCACCUGGUACUGGUAAAACUAGUACUAUUCUAGCAGCGGCUAGGCAAUUAUUUGGUACGAUGUACAAAGAAAGAAUUUUAGAAUUAAAUGCUUCCGAUGAAAGAGGGAUACUAGUAGUAAGGGAUAAGAUCAAAUCAUUCGCCCAACUUACUGCUGGAAGCAUAAAAAAAGACGGAAACAAAUGUCCUCCAUUCAAAAUUAUUAUUUUGGAUGAAGCAGACAGUAUGACUAAUGCAGCGCAAGCAGCUCUUCGUCGUACAAUGGAAAAAGAAUCUCAUAGUACGCGCUUUUGUUUAAUUUGUAAUUAUGUAUCAAGGAUCAUAGAACCUUUGACGUCACGUUGUACAAAGUUUAGAUUCAAGCCACUUGGGGAAGAGAAAAUUAUUGAACGAUUGGAAUAUAUAUGCGAGAAAGAAGAUUUGAAAGCUGAAAAGCCAGUUCUUGUUAAAAUUGUAGAAGCUUCGGGUGGUGAUUUAAGACGUGCCAUUACUUGUUUACAAUCUGUCGCAAGAUUAAAAGGGAAAGGCAUAGAAGUUACGAUCAAUGACGCGCUUGAAAUUAUUGGUUUUGUUCCCGACGAUUGGCUUGACAAUUUAAUGGAUGUAUGUAAAUCUAAAGAUAAUAAUAAGGUUGAAACAUUCGUAGAAGAUUUUUUACUAGAAGCUUUCGCAACUUCACAGGUAAUAGAACAACUAAACGAAAGAAUAAUUUAUUCCAAUGAAUUUUCGGAUAAGCAAAAGGCAAUAAUAGCAGAAAAACUUGGGCAAUGUAGCUACAGAUUAUUGGAAGGAGGCAGCGAAUAUAUACAACUUAUGGACCUUUGCUAUUGUAUUAUAAAGGUAUACAAUUGAACAAAAGUUUUCUUGCCAAAUAAAAAUCAAACGUUUUUUUUUAUCAUUUA